AUGAAGCUCGAAAAGGGCACUGAUCAUGAAAAAAAGAAACCUAGGGAGCCUGAGCCUAUGGAGGAAGAUGACGAGUCUGAUGAGUCCAAGUCGUCAUCAGAAUCUUCAUCAGAAUCGUCAUCAGAAUCUUCAUCAGAAUCUUCAUCUGAAGCUUCGUCUGAAUCGUCGUCUGAAGCUUCUUCUGAAUCGUCAUCUGAAGCUUCGUCUGAAUCGUCAUCUGAAUCGUCAUCUGAAUCGUCAUCUGAAUCGUCAUCUGAAUCGUUAUCUGAAUCGUCAUCUGAAUCGUCAUCUGAAUCGUCAUCUGAAUCUUCAUCUGAAUCGUUAUCUGAAUCUUCAUCUGAAUCGUCGUCUGAAGCUUCGUCUGAAUCGUCGUCUGAAUCGUCAUCUGAAGCUUCUUCUGAAUCAUCGUCACGUUCGUCCGAUGGUCCAGAUGAUGAUUCAGACGGUAGUUCAGACAGUGGAUCGGAAGACUCUGAUUCGAAGAGUUCGGAUAGUGACACCGACGAAGACUCACAGAAUGAGUCCAAUGUGAAAAAACCAGCCAAGAAUAAGUCUGAUGAAGACGAUUCAGACGACAGUAGUAGCAGCGAUAAUGGUUCUGACGAUGAAAGUGAUUCGGAGGACUCUGACAAUGAGGAAGCGGAUUCAAAGAAGCCCAAAGAAACCGAGGAUUCCAGCGAGGAUUCUGAUGAAUCUGACAGCGAUUCCGACGAAGAUUCUUCAGACGAGGACUCUGAUAGCUCCGAUGAAGACUCGGACAACGAUGAAUCGACCAAUAAAGAUAAAAAAUCCGAUAAAAAGGACUCCUCGUCCUCAGAUGAUUCUGAAUCUGAGUCGGAUUCAAGCUCGGAGUCGGAGUCAGACUCAGAAGAGAGUAAAACAACGAAAGAGAGUGAAUCGGACUCUACAGAAAGUGACUCUUCGAAUUCAGACUCAGAGUCUGAUUCUGAAUCCGAUUCAAACUCGGACUCAAACUCGUCUGAUUCCGAUUCAGACUCGAGCUCAGAGUCAGAUUCAGUUUCGGAGUCGGACUCUGGCUCAGACUCGGAAUCCGAUGACGAGGAAGAGGUCGCUGCCGCAAAGGACUCAAAGAAGCGCAAGGCUGAUGCCGAACCGGCAUCAUCGACGAAGAAAUCUAAAACCGACAGCAAUGAGAAUCCGACCCAUGACAAUGGCAUCAAGACACUAUGGGUGGGUCAACUCAGUUGGAAUGUCGACAACGACUGGUUAAAGAGUGAAUUUGAACAGUACGGCACUGUCUUGGAUGCACGGGUUCAAUGUGACCGCGACUCGGGCCGCAGCCGUGGCUUUGGUUACGUCGACUUUGCCACGUCAGCGGAAGCACUCCGUGCAUCAAAAGAAGCGCAUGGGAAAGAGCUGGAUGGUCGCGCUCUCCGUGUAGACCUUCAGCCCGCACGCGGUCCUCAAGACCGGGCAGAAUCCCGAGCCAAGCACUUCAAGGAUGAACGUAGUGCUCCAUCAAACACGCUUUUCAUUGGCGGACUCGCGUGGGCACUCACUGAAGAUGAUAUCUGGAACGCAUUUGCAGAGUUUGGUGAAGUGACUGGUGUGCGCCUGCCGAAAGAAAUUGACUCUGGCCGACCAAAGGGCUUUGGAUACGUCGAGUUCGUCUCGCAAGACAACGCAGCCAAGGCUCUAGAGACUAUGAAUGGUCAGGCUCUUGGUGGUCGACCCAUCCGCAUUGACUUUGCUGGCAAGCGUGAUGGUAACAACGCAUCGCGUGGUGGUAGCAGUGCUUCUGGCCCCUCUGGACGCGGUGGGGCACGUGCUGGUGGCCGCCCUCGUGAUAGUGGCUGGGGCGCGCGUGCCGGCGGCGGUGCGCGCUCUGCGUCUGGCAGCUCACGGUCUGGAGCCAUUGCCCAGUCGACGGGCAAGAAAAUGACGUUUGACGAAUGA